AGUCUGGUCAGUCUGUGUGUUUGACAGAGGAAUGAACACACCAUCACAGACAUCUCCCACUCCACAGUGUUACACUACCCAGGACAGACCUCUACAACUCCACAGUGUCACACUAUCCAGGACAGACCUCUCCUACUCCACAGUGUCACACUACCCAGGACAGACCUCUUCAUUCUGUCCACUGGUAGACAGCAGCAGAGUCCUCUGGGGUUUGAAUAGAAUAUUGUUGUUGCUGUUGACCCGUCUGAGGAUGUGGAAGAGGAGACCAUCACUGUUUCUACCAUAAGACACAGAACUACUGGAUAUUCAACCAAGAGGAAAGAGACAGAUCCAUUCAUGUGGAAGAGGAGACCAUCACUGUUUCUACCAUAAGACACAGAACUACUGGAUAUUCAACCAAGAGGAAAGAGACAGAUCCAUUCAUGUGGAAGAGGAGACCAUCACUGUUUCUACCAUAAGACACAGAACUACUGGAUAUUCAACCAAGAGGAAAGAGACAGACCCAUUCCUGCAACAAUCCCGGGACGUACAAGAACACAUUAUCAAGGGGAACUUCUGUCACCUGUAAUCAUUGUUUUGGAGAAUAGAGGAGAUUUGACGCCACCUUGACAACACUCAUCAUCUAGUGAAAACCAGGGAAACACACCAGGCCCAGUUGCACAGAACUGUUUGGAACUUUUGCACGUCGCCAUGGCGUCCACAGGUCUACAGCUACUUGGCCUCCUAUUGGCCGUGAUGGGCUGGGUGGGCGGGGCUCUCGUCUGCGCCGCCCCCUUGUGGCGAGUCUCCGCCUUCGCGGGCGGCGAGAUCGUGAUCGCUCAGGUUCUCUGGGAGGGGCUAUGGAUGACGUGUUUGUCCCAGAGUACGGGACAGAUCCAGUGUAAGACUUACGACUCUACCCUGGCCCUCCCCGUCUCCGCCCAGGUGUCCCGUACCCUCUCCGUGCUCUCCCUCCUCUUCUGCCUCUUCGCCCUCCUGCUAGGCGUGGCUGGGGCUAAGUGCACCAAGUGUCUAGGGGAAGGAGCCUACUCGUCCAAGGCUAGGCUAGCCCGCGUGGCUGGGGCUCUGUUCUUCUUCUCUGGGCUGCUCUACCUGAUACCCAUCUGCUGGACGGCCUACGCCGUGGUCAGGGAUUUUUACGAUCCAAAAGUCGCCGCGCCGCUGAAGAGAGAGUUAGGCCCCGCCUUGUAUCUAGGCUGGGGGGCGGGAAUUCUGCUGCUGGUUGGAGGGGCUCUGCUGAACGCAGGCUCCUCCCCUCCAGGGGUUAGGGCGACGCCUACUUUUGGGGGAGGUGGGAGGAGUAACCCACUGCCUGUGGUGGUAGAGGAGAAGGAGUAUGUCUGAACCGUGUCACACCAGGGUUGUGUUCAUUACUUUGGGAGAAAAUGGACUGAAACAGGGAGGGACUACCUGAACGUGUCCAAUAAGAAAUGUUCAUUUUCGUUGUCCAUUGUAAAACAUUUUGCAACAUUAUGCCCUAAUGAAUACAACCCCGUCACUAAACUCUCAGUGAAGGAGAGACAGGUCAACAUGUAAAUAAGAGAAUGCUUAUAAUUACGUUUCAGAAAAUCUGCAUAAUUAUUCUCCAUUUCUUAUGACCACUUGUAGACAGCUUUGUUAUUUUGUUAUGACAUCGUAUUCUAGUUGUUUUCAUUACGACAUCAUCCUCUAGUUGUUUUUAUUCUGAUUUGAGUUUUCUGUGUUAACUUCUUCUUGGUGAGUGUAAUUUAUACAUGAAAUAAUAAAGUAUUUUACAACAUGUUUGUAA